GUGUGUUAUUUAUAUUAUAAUAUACCAAAAAUAAUGUCUGUAUUGAGCGAGGAUCGCGAAAAAAUCUAUGAAUUGUGUAAAAAUUAUUUAAGCAACCGAUGGACAGAAAUUAGCGCUAAUGACCUGAUAAUUAAACCCAUAACGGACGGUUUUAUCAAUAAAUUAUUUUACUGUUCCCUACCGGAUAAUACAGACCCAGACAAUGGGUCAGUAGUGUUGAGGUUUGUUGAAAAUAUCGGAGAUAACGAUCCCCGCAAUGAGACUCAUAUACUGGCCAUUAGUACUAUUUUAUCGCAACUCAAUAUAUCGCCCAAAAUUUUGGGAGUUUUCCCGAACGGGACUAUCAAUGAAUUCAUUAAUUGCCGAUAUUUCGACGGAAAGGAUGACUUGAAUCCCGAAGCGGUCGCACUGUUAGCUCAAAAGCUGGCAAAAUUGCAUUCACUGGACCUACCAAUCCCUAAAACUAGUAAAGAUAUGCUACAUAUGUUUACAAACUUUUUCGACCCACCACUUCAAGAAUCAUACCUCGAGGGCUAUGUCCACAACCAGAUCCAGAAUCUACAGACAUUUUCGACAGUAAAUCUAAUCGAUGAACUCCAGUGGCUCACGAGGACUGUGCCACAAGUGGACAGUCCUGUCGUCAUGUCUCACAACGACCUGAACCGACGAAAUAUAUUAAUCAAAACCGACACCAAUAAUAACGUAUCUGACGUUAAGGACAUGUAUUUCAUAGACUUUGACUUCUCGGGCUACGCCUCCCGGGGCGUAGACCUGGGUAACUAUUUCAGUUGUUGGGCUCAGGCAGAUAUCGUAGGCUUUGACUCCGGACCCUUUCCCAAUGACCACCAAAUGUUGACUUUCAUCGACGCCUACAUCUCGGAAAUGAGUCGACUUUCCGGCGAUUCUUAUGCUAAACAUGCGAUCAAUUCAAGGGAUUCACUCAUAAAAGAGUGCAAAAUACGUUUUGUAUUGUAUUUGGGAGACAAACCUAAACAAAAGGACAGACCUCAUGAUAAAGGCUGA